AAAAGAAUUGGUGGACCUCUAUUUUCUAGCAACUCGCAUUUCCUCCAUUAAAUACAUUACUAUCCUCCCCAUGAAGGUCUUCUGUGAAGUAAUUUCACUUAAUAACCACAUUCCUUAAAUUCCCAUUUCUGAGUCUCAAAGUUUUCUUUAAUGGCGUCGAAAAGAAUACUGAAGGAGCUGAAGGAUUUGCAGAGAGAUCCACCAACGUCAUGCAGUGCAGGUCCCGUAGCUGAGGAUAUGUUCCAUUGGCAAGCAACCAUCAUUGGUCCAAACGAUAGUCCCUAUGCUGGUGGUGUUUUUCUUGUAACCAUUCAUUUCCCACCUGAUUAUCCAUUUAAACCUCCCAAGGUUGCCUUCAGGACCAAGGUUUACCAUCCCAACAUAAACAGCAAUGGCAAUAUCUGCUUAGACAUUCUCAAAGAGCAAUGGAGUCCUGCACUCACCAUAUCUAAGGUUUUGCUGUCAAUAUGUUCACUGCUAACAGACCCAAAUCCUGAUGAUCCUCUAGUUCCGGAGAUUGCUCAUUUGUGCAAAACUGACAAAUUCAAGUACGAAUCAACAGCUCGAAACUGGACCCAGAAGUAUGCUAUGGGCUGAACUUAGGUGCCAUAUACCUGCACAUCCUCUUCUUCCACCUUUGCUUAUUUAAGUAUAUUAUCAAACAAAAAGUUGUUGCUGAUUAAUAAAGAAUGUUUGUGAUCAUCAGGCUUUGAAUUCUGAAAUAACAAGCUGUAACUAUUUUGCUUAGAAUAAAACACUUCUGAGCUUAAUUAUUAUUAUACAGGCUUCACUUCAUUAUUUUGUCCUGAGUUAGAACUUGCAUCCUCUUGGGUUAGCUUCCUUUUGAAGCUGCCAACCAAACUGUUACGGGUAAAAUAGUGAGCGUUGAAGGCGUGGGGUCAACUGCUGUUAGUAAGAUUUUCUAUUGUAAACUGUAAGUGAAUUACUAGAGAAUUAAAUAUAGUAAUUGUAAUUACAUGAAGGAAUUCUCAUGAUAUACAAUCUCAUUCUUGAAA